AUGUCUACGAAGCUCUCUGUCUCGGAAAUCAGCAAGCACAACACUCCCACCGACGCCUGGAUCGUCAUCAACGGCACCGUUUGGGACGUGACAGAAUUCGCGCCAAAACAUCCCGGCGGCAUCGAUGUUAUUGUUCAAUUCCUUGGCCAGGACGCCACGAGAGCAUACAAUGAGGUCCACGGCCCGAGCCUAGCAGCUAAACAUCUAGAUCAGUCCAAGAACAAAGGCCAACUGGACGAAUCAACCAUUACUGAGGAAUGGAAAUCUCGACAAGCCGAAACUGUGGCUGACCAACCUCCUUUGGCCCCCAGCGAGAAGCCGUCCCUCGACUCGAUCAUUAACGUCUACGACUUCGAAGAUGUCGCCGAGAAAGUCCUCUCGCGCAAGACAUGGGCGUACAUCUCCGGGGCAGCGAACGAUUGUAUCUCUCUCGCAAACAAUGUAGACUGGUAUAAACGGAUCAUGUUCCGGCCGCGAGUGCUAGUCGGGGUGAAGGAUGUCGACACCAGCGCGACGGUGCUAGGCAAGAAGUUCUCAAUGCCCAUCUUCACGUCGCCCGCGGCACUGGCGAAACUAUCACAUCCCGACGGUGAGUUGGCGAUGGCAAGAGCUGCUGUUACGAAAGGCACGACCAUGUGCGUGUGCAACAAUGCAUCGUUUUCGCUGGCCGAGAUCUCGGCCGUCAUGCCGCCGAACUACCCGAAAUUCUACCAGAUCUAUUUCCACAAGGACAGGCGAGUAACGGAGAAUCAUAUACGAGAGAUCAUUUCGCUGAAGCCAAGCGCAAUCCUCGUCACGGUGGAUCUACCUGUCGUGGGCAAGCGAGAGGCGGACGAACGCAUCAAGAUCGAAGCUAGCUACCGCCCCUCAAAGAAUGCGCACGUACAGGUGCUGCCGAAGGACAACAAGGGUGCUGGUCUCGCACGUGCCACGGGGUCUUAUAUCGACCCCGACCUGACGUGGACGGAUAUCAGGUGGCUAAUUAAUCUGUCAAAAAUCCCCGUGUUCGUCAAGGGCGUCCAGUGCGCGGCGGACGCGAGAAAGGCGCUCGAGACAGGCUGCAAAGGCAUCUACGUGUCGAACCACGGCGGACGGGCAGUGGACACUGCACCACCAUCAAUCCUCACGUUGCUCGAGAUCCAGGCCAACUGCCCCGAAGUGCUGGAACAGAUGGAGGUAUUUAUCGACGGCGGCAUUCGACGGGGUACGGACGUGCUCAAGGCCAUUUGUCUCGGCGCCAGUGCCGUAUGCCUGGGCCGGCCAUUUUUGUAUUCUGUCGUCUAUGGCCAGGAGGGCGUGGAGAAAGCAUUCGACAUCCUGAAGGAUGAGCUCGACACCGCCAUGCAAAUGGUUGGCAUCACGAGCCUCAGCCAAGCGCAUCCAGGCCUGCUCAACACGGCAGAAAUCGAUCGGUUCGUGUAUCGAGGAGACGCUCAUCCUUGGGCCAGAAAGAUUGUCAGGACGGUCAAGUUGUAA